AUGAAGAAGUGGAACGAAUCUUCGAGGACAGAGUUCUUCUUAGUUGGGUUGUUUGCCCACCUCCCUCAUCCGGGGCUGCUUGUCUCCACCCUUUCGAUAGUUUAUCUGCUGGCCCUGGCCGGCAACAGCCUCAUGAUCCUCCUCAUCCGGAUGGACUCCCGCCUCCAUACCCCUAUGUACCUCUUCCUCAGCCAGCUCUCCCUAAUGGACCUGCUCCUCACCUCAGUCGUGGUCCCCAAGGUGCUCAUCGACUACCUCCUGAACACCAAUACGAUCACCCCCGUGGGCUGUGGGGUCCAGAUGUUCCUCGUGAUGGCCCUUGGAGGAGGCGAAGGUCUCCUCUUGGGUUUCAUGUCCUAUGACCGCCACAUCGCCAUCUGCCACCCUCUCCGCUACCCUCUCCUGAUGCCUCGGGACAAGUGCCGGAGGAUGGGAAUCGGGGCAUGCGUGGGGGCUGCCGCGGUUUCUCUCUUUAAUACCGUCCUCACCAUGUGUUUGCCUUACUGCGGACCCCGGAAAGUCCACCACUUUCUCUGCGAAAUGCCGGCCCUGCUCAAGCUGGCCUGUGUCGACGUGUCCAUCUAUGAGCCGGCUGUCUUUGUCAUCUGCAGCAUCGUGAGCCUCAUCCCUUUCUUACUUAUUCUGGCCUCCUAUGCCCACAUCCUGCUCACCGUCCUGCAGAAGCCCUCGACAGGAGGAUGGAGGAAGCAUUCCCCAGAGGAAGAUAACAUCCUGGCGGUGUUCUAUACGGUCUUCACCCCCAUGCUGAACCCUCUCAUCUACAGUCUCCGGAAUAAAGAGGUCACCGGGGCCCUGAAGAAGCUCUUCCAAGAAUUUUGGGCCUAG